CAGAACGGAACGGGCCGGCCUCGGCCUCGUCUCGCCCCGGCCGGCCCCGCCACCAGCGCCGCCCCCGCCGGCGGAGCUGCGAAAUGGCGGCGGCCGCUGUCAUGGCGGCGCUGCUGCUGCGGCCCCUCGGCCGCAGCUCCGCCCGCACGCUGCUAGGGCGGGCGGGGGUCGCCAUGGGCGGCCCGCGGGGCUGGGGAGGUCCCGGCCGGAGCCAGGUGCUUAGAAAAAGCCCUAAAAGGGGGGUUGUGCUCUCAGCGGGGUCCUUCUUGGUUUAUGAAGCUUCCAAGCUGGUUUCCGGCUUUGCUGAGGUUCAUGCAAGCUUCAAAGUGGCAGAAGUUGUAGAGCAAGCAGACUACCUGUAUGGGAGUGGAGAAACUGAAAAGCUGUAUCGGUUGCUGGUUCAGCAUAAAGAUAGUGAGGACGCAGAGUUACUGUGGCGGCUUGCACGAGCAUCACGAGAUUUAGCUCAACUAAGUAGCACUUCUGCAGAGGAGAAAAGACAACUGGUGUAUGAAGCCCUUGAGUAUGCAAAAAAGGCUCUUGAAAAAAAUGAAUCAAAUUUUGCAGCACACAAGUGGUACGCCAUUUGUAUCAGUGAUGUUGGAGAUUAUGAAGGAAUCAAGGUUAAAAUUGCAAAUGCCUUUGUUAUCAAAGAGCAUUUUCAGAGAGCCAUUGAACUGAACCCGAAAGAUGCAACAUCAAUUCAUCUUAUGGGCAUUUGGUGUUAUUCCUUUGCUGAAAUGCCAUGGUACCAACGAAAAAUAGCUGCAAUGCUAUUUGCAACACCUCCAACUUCCACUUAUCAAGAGGCUCUGCGUUACUUCCACAUGGCAGAGGAAGCUGACCCAAAUUUCUACAGCAAAAAUUUGCUCUUUUUGGGGAAGGCAUACUUGAAGUUAAACAAUAAAAAGAUGGCUCUUCUGUGGUUAAGCAAAGCAAAGGAUUAUCCUGCACAUACGGAAGAGGACAAACAGGUACAGAAAGAAGCUUUGGAAUUGCUUAAUUCUAUAUAACAAGAAACAAGAAACUGGAAAUUCAGUACCUCACGUGUGAACAGCUUAGGAAAAAGACCUUAAAUACUACUAUUGCUCAUUUGAAGCUGUUAAUAAAACACAUACCCUAAA